AUGUCCUCCCAGGCAUCCCUUUCAACCUCUGAGUUCCAGGACGGCUUGUUGUAUUCAAUAGCGUACUGGGUCACUGAAUCCAUUAUUGCAUGGAAUGUAGAUGUUGGAAAUGAUUGCUGCUAUUUACUUGCUAGUCAGGAUGUGAAAGUUAAGCUUGAAGAAGAUAAUUACGGCUUCCAGCAAAGGGAUUACCGAGCUUUCAGAUUGCCUCCUGGUUUGGACUUCAGACCUCUGCUCAAGUGCCAUUUAGCAGUUGCGACUUUCUGUUCUAAGCAUAUUUUGCAGCUGUUUCUUUAUUAUUCAUUUUUGAAUAAUGCUCUUUUGAAAGAUAUUGAAAGAUAUAAGGUUAACGCUCUGUUGAAAUAUGUAAGGUCUUCUUUUAUCACAACUGAUGGAAAAUGCUGUAAAGUUACUGGUCUGCAGUUGCCUGGUGUGUUGGAUGAAUUGUUCUCGUAUAGUGGCCCCCUCGGUGCACUUUGCUUGAGCUGUUCACUUUUCCUUUGGGUGCGUAGUGCUCAAGAAGUAUGGGCUUGCAUUUAUAUAGAUGGUUCAGCAGAUAAUCCCCAAGAAAAUAUCUGGCUUGAGGAGUAUAAUGGUGCUUGGAGUACUAAAGGACCAGAAGGUUGGGAAAGCUGCUAUUAUGUAUAUGAAUUAUCGGUCUACCAUCCUAGCCCCCAGAAAAUUCAAAAAUGCUAUGCAAAUGAUCCAUAUGCUAGAGGGCUCUCGUCAGAUGCACAGCAGACAUUGUUUGUAAAUCGUGGUUCUGAUACUUUAAAGCCUGAAGGAUGGUAUAAAUUGUCGGAUAAGAAAACCGCUUUAGAUUCUUUCUCGGACAUAAGUAUAUAUGAGUUGCAAAUAAGGGAUUUCAGUGCCCAUCACCACACUGUGGAGCCCAAAUCUCGUGGUGGUUAUCUGACCUUCACUUUGCAAGAAUUUGCAGAUAGUAAGACACUUAAAAAGUUUCCUUCAGAUUCUCCCCAACAAGCUCUAAUUACAGCUAUACGAAAUGAUGACGGGUUCAAUCCUGUUUUCCGGGGUGUCCCUAAAGGAAGCUAUGCAAGUAACCCAAAUGGUUCCUGCUGUAUAAUCGAGUGUAGAAAGAUGGUCCAGAUUGUUCCAGGCUACUAUUUGAGAAGAAACACUGAUGGUUUUAUUGAGAAUAGCACAUGCAUGAAUAACACUGCCAGUGAGCAUUUUAUGGUUGAGCGUUUAAUUAUUGAUGACCUUUUGUACUGGACAGUUGACUGUAAGGUUGGCGGUUUCAGUUCUGAUCUUGUGGGUCACAUAAUGAAAAGAGCGAUGUUAAGAAACUCUGACCAAUUUAGCUUCGUUUGAUCAUAAACACAAGACGGCUAAGCAACUGAUAAUAAUAUUGGUCUGUAGAUGAGAGCAAAAGAUGUGCUCAGCAGCCUAACAAUGGUUCAAGUGUCUACAUAUAUGGUGAAGUUGCAAAGAAUGGACGCGAGGUGAAUGCAUCAUAGUUCAGUCUUCCUGGGACUGGAAUUGGGAGGGAAUACUGUUUUCCAUUCCGGUGAUGAGAUGCCAAGCUCAAAAUCACUUGAUCGUGAUUCAUAAAACUCUGAUGAUUGGUUCAACAGCUUGAUCUUACUUACCAUUCCAACAAUUGGGGAUUUGGACUUCCUCCAGAAGAGUGGAAUGAGAAGAACUGGCCGCUGUAACUGCUUUCCUGUAUUUUCAUAGUCAUUAUUUGAAGCUCUUUCGAAUCUUUGUUUUAAUUUUUCUCUUAUUGGAAAUUGCUAGUCAGAUGGUAUAUCAUGUUGAUUGAUUAUCUUGGGCUUUACUUCGUUAGAAUUCAACCUAAAUUGGCUGAUCCAUCAUUCACGCCUCAAAAAAGUCACAUCCUUGCCGCUGUGGAAAAUUUCUCAGACUUGUUGCCCACCGGGUACUCUUCACCUCUUUUCCUCUUGAAGACAGCAAAUGCCAUCCAGGUGAGGCAAAUAAUUUAAUUUUUAAGAUUUUCAAUACCAAUGUUUUUUGAAGUGAUAACAGUGUUUACAUAAUUAUUUUACCAUCUUCAAAAUUGAGUUCAACAAGGAAAUGGGUAUGUUCAUAAGUGAUAAGAAAAAACUUCAUUGUUACAAUUUGCAAGCUUGUUUAUAUUUAUUCUCAAUGUAGUACACUCAUGGUCUAUAAUAUUUUGGACUACUCAAAGAAGAGAGCUUGAUGCCAGUGUUCGUAUACAGGGAAAGCUUUGUUUUCAGUCAUUAAAUUGUUAAUUUGGCUGGAAUAUUGUUUUUAGCCGUUAGUCCUGCAAAUAAGAGUGCAGGAGUUAAGAAUGUGUUCCAAAUCUAGUAAUAGCUAUUUCAGUAUACAGUUUGAGGAGCUAUGUCAUGUUAAGUCGGAAUUAGAUGUUCUGUUUACUGGUAGAAAAGGAGUAGGGGGAAACCUUUAAUUCCUUGUCAUUAAAAUGCUGAAGUUGUGUGUCCAAGCAUGUUGAAAUUCUGAAACAUAAUGAAGGAUUAGGGGGAAACCUUUAAUUCCUUGUCAUUAAAAUGCUGAAGUGGUGUGUCCAAGCAUGUUGAGAUUCUGAAACAUAAUGCUUGUUCUGCUUUGGUGCUGAAAUGCCCUACAUUACAUAUUUUUAUUAGUCACCCUAGCUUGUUUGUUCGAAUUAUCAUGGGCAUUUGUAAUUUUACCGUAAGAUUGCUAAUUCAUUGGCAUUGCUAAAUUACCAUCUAACUUAAAGCAUAAACUAGUAGAAAUUAAGGGUUAAAUUACCACAAGAAUAAUCUCGUGUUAGUGCUGAAACCCUUGCUUCUCCCACUCUGCGCAUUCUUAUUUAUGUUUCUUUCCAUUUUUGCUUUUUAACGUUUUUUCUUUUUCUUCUCUUUCAAGAAACCUUUUUGGACAACUCUACAUUUUUUUAUAUUUUAUUAUUGUUCUUGAUUCUCUUUUUUCCUCCUUUGAUGUUUAUUUAAAUUUACUACUAUGCUUAAAAUAUGGUCUAAUUUAUUUCUAGUUUCAUUCAACGUUGGAAUGACAAUUGAGAAAUCAUUUUAAAAAUAGAAGAGAUUAGGGUUUACCUCCAUAGGCAGGGACAUGAUAUAUCUCUUGGUGUUAGAACGGGUACAUUUUCUCAAUGCUGGUUCUUUGUUGGUCCCUGGUGUGGUCAUGAUGGUGUGCCCGGGUUAUCCGAACUGGAUCCAAUGUGAGUAAAACUAAAUUCUACGCUUUUGUUUGGUGCUGAUACAGUACAAACAGUAGUAUUGUUAACCCUGUCCGUCACAGAUGUUCAUACAUUGUUGUGAUCUUUAAUUCAUGUCCAAGUGAGAUUUCUGUUUUGAGUCCUGCAUUGAGGGCUAGAACUUUCCUACUGCAUCCUAUACAGGUAAAUCACUUUUUCGGUUUCUGAAGUAAAAUUGUCUGUGUUGGGAGUCUGCUUUCGGGAGGGAGUGUGACUUGAAAUAUAAUUGUAGUAUGAACUUUUAGUUUACACAAUUGUGGUUUUCAAUUCUUGUUGUCAAAACAUAAACUUGUUUUAUGAACAUAUUAUGCAUCCGACAUACAUAAACACACAAGUAGAGCAUAAAUCUAUUUUGUUUUUGGAAACAGAGACAUAUAUAUAUGUAUAUAUGCAUGUAGGCAUUCCAAAAAUAUUACAUUCCUAGUCUUUGAUAUCAUAUAAAUCUAAACAUAAAUAAAAAGCACCAUGCAACCAUAAAAUAAAUUAUGGAUGUCAUUAUGAAAUCAAUAUAAAUCUUAUAUAAAAGUUUCUAUCAAAUUCCUAGAUAACAUGCUGAUCUGGAAAACUUUCCUAAGACAUCUAAUCUUUUGAAUGCUGCUAAAAUAUUUGUCUGCCUGAAUUAAUCUUUUGCACACGGCUGAGUACCAAUGACUCUUAUGAUGUGAGAUUUGGUACAGUUGAUGUCAACUGAUCACGUAGUCAAGAGUUCUACAUGUGAAACUUCCAUGGGAUGUUUCAAUGUACCUGCAAGGACAACAUCUAUGUUUGUCUAGCUUCGGAAAAUUUGAGUGGGUUGGUGCCUCCCGUGGUUGGCUGUAAAUAUGAUAUUUAAUGAAUGAAUGCCAUUGUCGCUUGUUGCACAGUAAGUUCCUAGCAAGAGAUACUAUGGUUGACACCUCGAUAUGAUUGUAAAGCCAUAACUCGAUUUUGUUAGUACAAAUGUGAAAUAAUUUCACCAAAACGUGGUUGCAUUUGUUGUCUUGAUGGAACAAAAAAAAAGUGUCAAUUUCGUACAAAUGUGUAAUUGUUACUUAUAACUGUUGAAAUACUAUUUAUGCCAAAAUUUUAAGCUGAUGAAAGGUAAGUUUUCAUUUGAUUUAUA